AGUGGUUCCAGUAUUCGCGACGCCGCUACGCAAUUCGGAAGUUUUCCUGUUGCGCGCUACCCCUUUUCGCGUUGCCGCUGGUUCCGCUCGCAACUAUCUUCUAAACUAUCGCAACUAUUUCUACUAAGAAACUACUAGCAAACUUUUAAAAACUGCAAGAUAUCAACCAACAAACAAAGUUUUUAAAAGUUUUGGGUAUUUUGGUGGCAAUAAAAGAGAAUGUGUACAAUAAACAUUUAAUUUUUGAUAAAACAGAAAAACACCGAAGGACAGUAAAUAUUUGCAUUAAAAUUCAAGAUAUCUACCUACUAUACAAACACUUAUUUUGGUUCAGUGCAAAUUGUAAAUUAGUUAAUUAAAAUUACAGCGCUAAGUUUACUUGGAGUGAAAAUUAGAUAAAAUAAAAUUAAGAAAGCUAUCUAGAAGAGGGAGCACUACGAGCAGACGUACGACCAGCGACAAGAAUUAAGAGUUAACGCUUCAACAUGCUUGAGAAUUAGAUCAAAACGGUGUUCUGUGUAUAAAAAUAAUAACAAUGUCGGAUUCAUCUAUCUACACUUCGGUGGAGGAGGUCCGCUUGGCUGAGCAGGAUUGCAUCGCGCGGCUGAACGGCAGCAGCAACACCGAAGAUGGUUUCGGCGAUUUUACCACGCAAGGAUUGUUUUGUCCGGGUUUAUUCGACGGAUGGACGUGCUGGCCGAGCACGCCCGCCGGCGAGGUGGCGUCAGAGCCGUGCCCGGCUUUUAUCGUCGGAUUUGAUCCUCACCGAUCAGCUUACAAAAUCUGCGAAGAGAAUGGCGAGUGGUACUUUCAUACGGUGUUCAACAAAACGUGGUCCAAUUACACAACGUGCGUCAAUAAAGAAGACUUAUUGUUUCGGCAGAUGGUCAUCACAGUACACACAGUUGGAUAUAGCAUCUCCUUGGUGGCCCUAUUGACAUCUCUCAUGAUAUUUGGUUAUUUCAAAUCCUUGCGAUGCGCGCGGAUAACGGUCCACAUGAACUUGUUCGCCUCGUUCGCCAUGAACAACCUUUUAUGGCUGCUAUGGAAUAAUCUCGUCGUCUAUCGGACCGAAGUCGUCUCCCACAAUCCGAUUUGGUGUAAAGUAUUGCACGUGGUGCUCUACUUCUUUCUACUCUCAAACUAUUCGUGGAUGCUCUGCGAAGGAUUGUAUUUGCACACGGUGCUUGUUUCGGCGUUUGUUUCGGAGACGAAACUGUUACGCGGCAUGGUGCUUCUUGGGUGGGGCCUGCCAGUGAAGUUUAUCAUCAUCUACGCUUACCAGCGAGCGUUUCACCCUUUGCCCGAUUCGGAUUCAAUAUGUUGGAUGGAAGAAGCAAACUACAACAUAAUACUGCUAAUUCCUGUCGUGGGUACAGUAGCUUUCAACAUCAUCUUUCUCUGCAAUAUUUUGCGUGUCCUCUACGUGAAAUUGCGUAAACAGCCGCAGGCAGGAUCAGGCGCAUCGAGGGCAUCCCUUCAAGCUCUACGGGCGACAUUGCUGUUAAUACCACUCCUCGGUCUCAACUACCUGGUGACCCCGUUUCGACCUAAUCAACCGGGCGCUUGGGAAUUCGCCUACGAGAUGGUCUCCGGCAUCACUUCAUCCUUACAGGGAUUAUGCGUCGCAAUUCUAUUCUGCUUCUGCAAUGGCGAGGUGAUCGCUCAAAUCAAGCGAAAAUGGCGGAUGGCAACAUAUCGCCCACGUGCAAAUUCUUGUACCGUUACCACCGUAUCGGUACGUAAGCAUCUCUAUGUGUGUGUGUAUGGGUCAGCGCCGAAUUUAUGAUGGUUCGUAAUUUAAUGGUGCGCUUUGCAGUUUGUCCGCUCGUCGUACCCUAACGGCGAGGAGAAAAUAUGACUAGGCGCCAUCGGGCGACGAGCGUCGCAGUGGAUUGCAUCGCGGCGCGCCUCCACCGUUCUGGUGCGGUCGACGAACAACGCCGAAAUUGUACCCGCCACCGACGCCGCCGCCGCUCAGACACAAGCUCAAUGCGUGUAAACCAAACACACUGUUCCGCUCGCUUACAGUUUUGUAAGUUUUGAAGCACGUUUUCCUAAAUUCGUACUGCGGUAGAAAAGUUUCGGGUAUGAAUUGUUUCAAUCCUUUUGACUUUUAUAUUUAUACUUCUACAAAUUCUAUUUGUUGGUAUGUUAAAAGGCAUUUUACUUAUUUUCCUAUUAUUUAAUCUAUUUUUUAAAGAAAAACUACGAAUAUUAUAUUAAAAUAAGUAAAGCGGUGAUAAAAAUACAAUUCAAAACUAAAAUCAAUAACUUUAGUUGAUUGUAACUCUACACCGCUUUAAUAAAUGUGAAUAGACUAGACUAGAAUAUAAUACAAACAGAAAUAACCGAAUUAUCAGAUGUUUAUCAUUGUAAAUACAAAAUUGUGAACAAUAUGUGAAGCAGUUCAACGACCUAGCAACUAAGAUCUAAACACACAUAAAAUGUAUCGAUACGAAACCAAAACGUGCAGUGGGGUGCGUUGUUCACGUUUAUUUUUCUACACAAUCAACUAGAAUGUGCAUAGGUAGUAAAUAUUUUACGUCUCCGCCAUAAAUAUCUCAUCGAAACUGAAAAUUGUUUUCGUUUUCUUUCGCCGCGCGAUUCUUUUAUUGUACAUUAGAGAAUUCAUUCCCGUGCGCAUUUCAUUUCGCUUUAUUUCGGCCCGACGUCAUUGCUACUGUUAUUGUUGACUGCUAUUGUCGUAGGAAAGGCCUACGGCUUCUGGCAUUCCAUCGCGCAUCAAAAUGCUACGCUGCUAUUUUAUACACUAUAAAUAAAUAAUCUGGAUUAAGGGAAUGAAACGCGAUCGGUUAGGACUAGUCCGACUGCUCGCGCAAGGGAAAGAAAAGAGUCUGUAAUACCUAGUCAUCGGAAAAGGAAAAGGACCAACGAACGCGAUGACAAAACGACCAUUCGCAUCGGGUAAACAAACACAUCAGUAGUAGGCACUUUACAUCCCAGAAUCGUUUUUGUGUAGGUUGUAUAUUGAAAACGGCAUAUUUCAUGCGGGAGUAUAAAUCAUUACACACGCAUAGAUAUACUGAUAAAGAAGGAGUUGUAAAGAAAGCAUGAGUCAUAUUUUUUUGAGCGAAAGGACCAUGGUCAGCAGUAAAUAUACUGCUUGGACUAAAAAUACUAAAAAUAAAUGUACAUAGAAAAAGAUUCACAAAAAUUCAUCACUUUAUAUAAGUUCAGUUUGAUUACAAAAUGAUUUUAUGAUUUAUUUGAUGAAACAGCACAUUUGUAAGUUGAAACUGUUGAAACUGUAAAGUGCAACACUGCAGAAUUAUUUAUGGGGGUGUGUUUGUCUGAAGGCAUUCACAUUUUAAAGGAUUAAAUGUUUCACUAGCUCCUGAACUUGUCAACAACAUUCUACACUUGUGACUGCGCGAAGAACCUACGACCGACGUCAUAACUCUUUCCGAAAGUGCAGACUCGGAAAAUACAAUGCACCCAGACGGAAUUACACUUAUAUAUUUGCAAAAUGUCUUUCACAAUUUUGCUAGUUUCGAGACUUAAACGUUGAGAUUAAAAAUUAAUAAGCGUAGAAUUAUGGUCGGAGAUUAAAAAAUAUUUAUUUCUAUUUUAAACUAGGAUGUUAUGAGAGAUAAAAGCACACUGCACAAAAAAACACUACAUACACAUGUAAAUAUAAACAAACAACUAACUGUAACCAUUAUUUAUUUUCUACAAAAACUACAUUUAUGUUUAUAAUGCGUAAAUGUAGAAAAAAAACACUAAAACCAUGUUAUUUCUUUAAUGUUUAUUACUGUUACUGUAAAAUAAUAUAACCAAAUACUAAAUAGCCUGGAAGUAUGUGUACUUUAACAAUAAUAAUAAUAUAACCAAAAAGGUAACCAAAAAUUGUUUGUAAAUGUUUCUGGACAAUGAAAAUGUAUCACUAUAUACAAUUUCUAUGAGAAAUGUAUCUAUUGUAAAAUAUGUGAAAAGCUUUAAUGGUGAAAGGAGAAAAAUAAAUUUAUUGACGUCUAA